GUCAGUUUCAUGCAGGCACACAAUCAUUAUCACGGAGCAGUGAAAUUCAAUGUCGCAUGAAAUUCGCGCGUAAAAUUACAACAAAAAAUAAAAGACGAAAUUCUUAUAUUUUUUAUUCAUUUUUUUACAAUAACGUAUUUAAAAAGUGAUGACGUCAAACUUACAGAAUUCCUUGGAUAAUUUGUUAGUACAAUUGGGUGAUUUCGGAAAAUAUCAAACUUUUAUUUUAUUCUUCGUGUGUUAUGCGGUUACUCUACAUUACAUUCAGCAGUCCAUGUGGCUUUUGUGUUCACUGCAAUAAGUACUGAAUAUAGGUGUGAAAUACCAGGAUGCGACACAAACACUAGCGGCUUUGAACCUGCCUGGUUAAAAAAUGUUGUGCCAUUCGAAAAAAAUCGGCCUGUUAAAUGUGAGAUGUUUGCAAAACUCGAAAAUGAAACAUGUAGCAUAGAUUUGAAAAAUAAUGAAGUAGUUAAAUGUAGUUCCUUUGUAUAUCAAACCCAAGAAAAAAGUAUUUUGCAGGAGUACGAUUUACACUGUGAAAACAAUUUAUGGAAACUAACAUUGGUUGGAACCAUAAACAACAUUGGCCAGUUCUUUGGGCUUUUUAUAUCUGGCAUGUUAUCGGAUAGAUUUGGAAGAAAACAAGUCCUGAUUUGGGGCAUGAUAGGUUGUGCCACAUGUGGUAUAAUCAGAGCUUUCAUGCCGACAUAUGAAUUGUUUUUGGUGUUCGAGUUUCUUGAUGCAGCCUUUGGUGCUGGUACAUACAUUUGCGGCUUCGUUUUGGGUGUCGAGUUGGUUGGUCCUAAGAAAAGGGUUCUAACUGGAGUAAUAUCAAGUUCUUGUUAUGCACUAGGCGAAAUUUUUGCUGCGGGUGUUGCCUGGAUUCUACAAUCAUGGAGACCAAUUAUAUUUACCUUAUACAGCCCAAUAUUCUUGAUUAUAACCUUUAUAUGGAUAGUACCGGAAUCAGUAAGAUGGAGUUUAAGCAAAGGCAGAAUAGAAGAGGCCAAGAAAACGUUAAGAAAAGUUGCCAAAGUUAAUCACAAAGAACUUUCCGAAAACACAUUGGAUAAACUAAGUCUAAUGAUGCAAGAUGAGCCAAUAAAAUCUAAAAACCCAUUCAGAGAAGUACUGCAAUCCACACCUAUAAUGCUUCGUUUAAUUAAUUGCUGCUUCUGCUGGAUUACCUGUGCCUUUUUGUUUUAUGGUUUAACUCUAAAUUCUGUGGCACUGGCUGGAAACAGUUAUUUGGAUUUCAUACUAUCGGCUGUCGUUGAGAUUCCAGCUUAUAUCAGUUGUAACUUUAUUGUUGAUAGGUGGGGAAGAAGGAAGACUUUAAGCUGGUCCUACAUUUUAACUGGAGCCGCUUGCGCUGGGUUCAUAUUUAUGCCUCCACAUUUGGAAUGGGGAUCUUUAGUAGUAUACCUAAUUGGUAAAUUUGGUGCCACUGCAGCCUUCACUAUUCUUUAUGUUCUUACUAGCGAAAUGUUCCCCACACCCAUGAGACACUCCUUUAUGGGAACAUGUUCCACUUUUGGAAGAAUAGGGUCCAUGGUAUCUCCACAAACGCCCCUUUUGGCUCAAAUAUGGAAACCACUUCCUUUAGUAAUGUUCUCCUCUAUGUCCCUUAUCGCAGGACUUCUUACUCUUCUAUUUCCAGAAACGCACAACACCAAAUUGCCAGAUACAAUGGAAGAAGCAAUAGAAAUAGGCAAAUAAAAUAAUUAUAGAAACAAACUAAUUAAAUAAUUAUUAUAAUUAUAAUCUGUGAUCUAGGUAUCUGUAUUAUUGUAUAAAUAUAUUAUAUAUUAAUUUUUAAUAGUUAGAACUGUUGUUCUAAUGAAGUUAUAUAAUAUUUAUUUUUAUAUAAAGUUAUAUGUUCCUGUGAAAGUUAACUAUACUGAUUUUACGUAGUCUUAAGUAUUAAAAGUAAAUUAAAAAAUAAAAUGUAUAUUUUAUAAAUGUCUAUUACAUUUAAUUAAUUAAUUUUAAAAUACAAUAUUUUUAUUCA